AUGGGUCGCGUCGCUUUUAUAUCUCUACGAGUCCUGCAGCUCGCCCUAUCUAUCGCGAGUAUCGGCCUGAGCUCAUAUGUUGUCCACGAUUACGACCGCAGAAGUCGAGGCUCAGCGCCUUCGCCAUUUUCCUACCUCUUGACAUCGUCCAUCGUUUCCAUCGUCUCCGUCGUCUACCUCACGAUCGCUCCCCUGUUUGUCCCGCGCCUUUACCACCAAUACGCUGCCGUUGUCGUAGAAGCCGUCAAUGCCGCUCUCUACUUCGCCGGUUUCAUCGCCAUUGCUGUCUUUAUUGGAUCCCUCAUCAUGUGCGAAGGCACCGUCUGCUCGUGCGCCCGCGCCGACGCCGUUGUUGCUGCUGGCCAGUUCACAGCGUGGAUCACGACAACAGCUUUCACAGCCAAAGAGCUGUUCCAAAGAACUUUCCAGGAACCCAAGAAGGACAUCGACAGCCGAGAAAUGGGACAAGCAUGA